AUGGCUGCCCAGUCCGUCGUGACAAUCCAGCCGCAGUAUGGCAUCGUCGUGCCCACUGUCUCAAGGAACGUGUGGCAGACAGGGCUGAUGGACUGUUGCGCCGACUGCAGCGUCUGCUGCUGCGGGUUGUUCUGCUUUCCCUGCCUCGCCUGCCAAGUGGCCGGGGACAUGAAUGAGUGCUGCCUGUGUGGGACAAGUGUUGCCAUGAGGACCCUUUACCGCACCAGAUACAACAUCCCGGGGUCGAUUUGCUCUGACUCCUGUAUUACCACUUGGUGCCUUGUGUGUUCUGUUUGCCAAAUUAAGAGAGACAUCAACCGGAGGAAGGAGCUGGGCAUAUUCUGGUAA